AUGAGGCAAAGAGCUUUUUCCAGACCGGUACCAAUUAAGACGAACCUCCCCGUGAAAGCAGCAGGUCUCCACGAAGAAGACGACGACGAUACCGUCCUCCCGCUCCCUCUCACACCGCUCACGCCACGAACCGAGUUUGACCUCCGCCGGGCCUGCAAGGCCCUCGUCAACUCCCCGACCCCGAUAUCAACCACAGCCUCAGUACCCCCAACAACAUCAUACAGGCAAGCACCCCGGAAUGUACCGGCGUCUGCAUCAUUUACAACACAAACAUUUACAACACAAACAUUCACCUCCCCCGUCUGCUCCGACGAAGAGGCCAAGAAAGCAACUCUCCUUGCACUCACAUCAAAACCCCACCCAGCACCACCGCCAUUGGAGCCACUCUCACCAAUCCAAUAUGAAUUCGCCACUACAGCCACUGCACGAAAGUUCAGUGUCAUCAACCUUCGCGCCUCAGAUGCCACAUUGAAGACAACCAGGAUCUCAACCCGGGUGUCUUCCUCCGGAGCAAUGGCGAGCCCGGUGCUGUGCCGCAAACCAACAGUGAUUGACGUCUCCAACCGACCAAAGACGGCCGACAUGCGUUCCGGCAGGAUGACCAAGACGCUGGGAACAUUCGAGGAGGAUAGAGAGACACUCGCGCUGUUCCCGAGACCCGGCACCUCGCAUCAGACGAGCCAGAGACCGAGCACAUCCCACCACAGACCUAGCACCUCCGGCGGUUCAAAGGCUUCAACUAUCGAAUUGAACGACAGGCCGCUGCCGCCAUUACCGGCCCACUUUAUCAAGCCGGUGCAGAGGAGCAAGAGCGAUAGUGAGGUGGUACUGAAGAAGGCGUCGCUGGGGAGCUUUGGGAGGAAGAUUGCGACGUUCUUUGGAAGGGGGAAGAAACAAGAGGCUGCACCUGCAGCGUAG